CACAUUUUUUUUAAUAAUAUCAUAAAUAUAUUUAUAUAAGAUUAUUUAUGACAAUGUUACGGAAUUAUUAUUAUAAUAUACGUACAUUGCUUGUUAUGAUAGAAUUAUUUCAGUAUUUUAUUUAAAAAAUGAAAAGAAAGUUAACUCCUUUUGAUUUCUAUGCAAAAAUUUAAAUAUAGAUAUCUAGUAUUGUUCUAAGAUACUUCUGUUGAAGCAUUCUCUAAAAAUAAUAAAAGAUUAAUAUAACUAUAGAAUUAUAUAACUAAUAAAAAGAUAUAGAGAGAAAACAUUUUAUUUAAUCUUAUAAAUUUUUUUUCAUUGCUUCUGAAUAAAUUAUAUAUUAUUUUUAGAUAUGUAUACAUAUGUAAUAUGAAAGUAUCCUGACAUUGAAAAUACAACAGUAGUUAACAAAUCUAUAAAAGUGCAACUUCAUUUAACAUAAAUCGUCAUUUGUUCAUUUGUCAAAUAUAUAUUUAUAUAUUUAUUUAUUUUAAAAUAUCUCUUAUAUACUUUUUAACUCAAUUUUUAUGCAUAUUACAAAAAUACGUUGUAGAAUAUCAAUAAACAUUAUCAUAAUAUUGGCAUCGGCAAAAAAUAAAUCGAUUAAAGUUACAAUACUCGAAUAAUAAUCUUGAAUGAAAAAAAUUUUUGUAACAUAAGAUUUUAUACAUUAGACUAAAUGCAAUCAACUGAAACCAAUGAACCACCAAUUGAAAAUAUUAUACAAGGACCACCACAGUUGCCCCCUUUAUUUAAAGGGCAAAAAAUACAAAGUGGUCCAUAUAUCAUUACUGUAACAGAUGAUAUGGUAGCACAGAGGGAAAGGCAAAAUCAAGAAUUAUAUAGAGCAUGGUUACAUGAGCAAAGAAGAAGAGAAAUGGGUGACGAAGAAGAAUAUAUGGGAGAUUUUAAAGAUUUGAAAGUGAGAAGGAGCUUCAUCAGGAAAAUUUUUUGCAUAUUGGGCAUGCAACUUUUAUUUACAACAGCUGUUGUAGCAUUUUUUAUAUUUGUACCUGCUGCACAAGAAUUUAUGUUAGUUAAUUGGUUUCUUUGGCUGCUAGCUUUAAUAAUCUUUACGGUCACAUACUGCGCUAUAGCAUUUUCUGACUGCGCAAGACGUCAAGCACCAAAUAACUACCUCUGUCUUUGUUUGCUGACAAUGGCUAUGUCAUAUUUGGCUGCCUUUGUUUCUGUAUUUUAUGCUCUAGAAGUUGUUCUUGUAGCAUUAGCUAUGACAUCGAUUGUAACUAUCACACUUAGUUUUAUAGCUACAUUUACUAAGUUUGAUUUAACCAUGCGAACAGGAUUGAUAACAAUAAUUGGAUUAGUUGGAAUUGUAGCUCUUUUUGCAAUGGUGAUAGUAUCGAUGUUUAUGUAUAUAAAAACAUUGCAUCUAAUGAUAGCCAUUAUAGGAACUCUUCUUAUAUCAAUGUAUCUAUUUUUUGACGUACAAACAAUAAUGGGUGGACGAAGAAUAGAAUUAAAUCCAGACGAAGUUGUUUAUGCAACUACUCAAAUUUAUGUUGAUAUCAUUUUACUGUAUCAGUACAUCCUUUUGUUGGUAGGUUUAUUCCACGAUGGAUAAAUACAGCAAAUUUAUUAUAUUUCGUAUUUAUAUAUGUGUUAUUUUAUUAAACGAAGUAACGAAUUUUGUUUGAAUUAUAAAAAUCAAAUUAUUUAACUAUUUCAGGAUUUACAUAGCACAUUAUGAUAUAUGAUAAAUACAUAGUCUAAUUAAAAAUGUAUAUUCAUUAUUAACAAAUAUGUAUAGCGUAAGAAAAUGCAAUAAAAAUCGAAAAAGAUUUUUGAAUAAACCGCUCGAAAUCGAGUGGUCCUAGUAUAUAUAUCGAUUAUAUCGAUGAAUCCAUAGAUCGAUUUUAUCGAUUGCAAUUGGUUAUUAGAGAAUCGCAAUUUGACUUUAUUCUAUUUCAAGGUGAUCUUGUGAAAGUAACCCAUUGUUGGCCUAGUAGAAUUAACCGCGAAACGCGAACCUUUUAAACGAAUAUCGGUC